GUCACAGAGAGAGAGAGAGGACAAGUGGGUGGGUGCUGUAAAAUCCGUCAACAGGGGAGCUCUGUGCAUUUUUUCAGACAUCUUGGCUGCUUCCCAACUUGUCUCAUUGUAAUCGAGGCAUGAUAGAGGAGGGGAGGCAGCCCUCUCUGCUGCCUCGGCUGCCCCGCUCCUGGACCCAGCCAGGCUCCCACCGCUUACAUGGAGAAACCUAGAUAUAAGAAGUCGGUCUUCUUUAUAUGACCAUCAGAGCUAAAGUCAAAAUCUGAAGCCUUCAACUGAGUAAUGGUGAACGUGUCUCACCAGACCACCAGUAACGUGAUGCCCAAAAGGGAUCAUGAAAGAGAUCUGGAGCUGGACAAGAAGAUCGAGGCUCUUCGCAGGAAGAACGAAGCCCUCAUGAAGAGGUAUAAGGAGGUGGAAGAGGACAAGAAGAAAGCAGAAGAGGAAGGAAUGGCACUGCAGAGUCGAAAAGGCAAAGCUGAUGACCUCACUGUCACUAUCAGCAAGUCUGCAGAUGAGAGUCGUGUAGUGGUAACAAAGCCAUUCAGGAGUGGGUCUCCAGCUGGAUCAGGGCAGCAGGAGGGUGGGGCUGACAGGGAGGGAGAAGGCUCGUCUCUGGAGGCUGGGCGAGGCACCAGGAAGCAGCUGAUGGUCACAAUGGUUGGAAGAAAGGGUAAAAGGGUGGUGAGUGAGAGGCCAGAAAAACAACCGGGCCCCACAGAUGUCAAGAGCCCCUCGGAUGAAGGACAGAUGAGGCGAGUGGAGUCAGCUGGGAGAGGAAAGCAGCCGUCUAAGACGACUAAGCGAGAAUCGCCACUAGCAGUUGCAGCAAAGGAGGAGAUUAAACACGGGUCGGUGAACUCUGAGGAGAACCAACAACAAGCUAAAGAGCAAAAGCAGGAGCCUGAGAGCCAACAAGCGAACACAGACCUCGACAUCCCAACAUCAAGGGAGGAGCAGGAGGAGUAUCUUCGGUGGAAGAAGGAACGUGAGCAGAUUGACAGGGAGAGGGUGGCACGCCACAAAAAUGCAAAAGGCCAGUGGAGACGAGCGUGGGACAUGGACAAAACCGAAAGCAUGUUUUCAGACAAAUCUCUUCCUGAUAGAGACUGGGGGGCUUCAACAAGAGGACGAAAUGCAAGAAGAGGUCAACAGAAAGCAGGCUCUAGAGGUCACGACAGGCGAGGCAAAGACAAGGCAGCUAAACACGUGCUUGUGAUGAGCAGCAAAGCAAAAGGCAAAGACCGACUUACUGGGAGGGCCAGGAGAUGGCAGGAUAAUGAUGAGGGAGACAAUCCACAGACUACUGACACACUGGAGGAAUUCCUUGAAGAACUUGAUGCCCUAACAGAAGCUAACGGAGGGAAUCUAAAAGAUCAGAACUCAAAAGCAAAGAGCGGUCCCUUGAGUGCGACCGAAGACAUGUGUGAUUCUGGUAGCUUGAAAGAGGAUACCAUUACUCAGAGGAAAGUGGCGACCGCAUCCCCCCGAGGACCAGAGAAGAAAGUACGUUUCUCAGAGGAGCUCAUCCAGAGGGUUCCAGCUAAGCAAACCUCAACCUCUAUACAUUCUGCAGCUCCAGAAUCCAAAGGCUCUUUAAAAGCCUCCUCACAGAUGCAGAGCUCCCAGCUGCCUCAUGUAAGUGUCCAACAGGAAGAUAAUAGUUCCCAGGAAAAAGGAGUGGGUCUUCCUGCUCCUUCAGUUGCCAAGCAGCAGGCAUCUAAAACCGAACAUAUUAAAAAUGACACCAGCAGCCCUUCAGUUUCCAGCUCCGCUCCUGCUGAAAACAGCAGCAACUCUCCACACGGGAGCCCUAUCCAGCCUGCAGAGGUGUCCAAGUGCAACAGCAGCAGCACAAACACUGAAGAAUUGAUAGAUUCCUCUCUGUCUGUCCUGAGAAUAGAUUCAGGAGAGUCGCACCCAACGCACUCCACGAGCAAUGACAAGGCAAGAGAGCAUGGGAAGGUUGUUUGACAUUUACAACACAAAUACAGAAACCAAAUCGCUGCAUUAGGAUGCUGGUGGCGCGACCCUCCUGCUUCAUCUGAUUUUUGACACCAGUGUUAUUGACGAUUUCAAAUAUUUUUCCAUCUAAGCACUUUAAGAGUAUACAGGACUGUUUGCUGAGAAACGAUUCUUCCGUAUAUUUGUAAGCUGCUUGAGUGCAAUAUCACUGAAUGUUUACAUUUGCUUGAAGAGUUAUAGGUGCAUAUCUGGAAGCUGGCUGAUCAGUUUAACUUAGAUAGACUUUUAUGGUAGAAUAAGCCACAGUCAAUUAAGAGUGCCUGAUUUUGACUUUGAGGUAUUUUGAGUAAAAUGAAGAUUAUUUAAGACCCAUAGCGGAGUCUUAAUGUAAUUUUUUUAGCUCCUUUCAGGAACAAAAUGAAUAACUUUACCAUGCAUCUAAAAGGCGAUCUGUUUUCUGAAUGUUGUUGCUGACAGAAACAUGUCUUUUUACUAUAAGGAAACUUAAAGUGGGACUUGGUUGCUAGCUUAGUUCAAAUAUUGAGCAAAGCCCAAAAGCAUACUUUGACCACCCUGAAGCCUUUCUAUAAUCAAAAAAGUCAUAGCAGUUAGUAUCUGCACUAUUUUAUGAACCUUUGAGAUUUAAACAAGUUUGAUUUGGGUGUUUUACACAGAAAAAGUCAAAUGAAUGUUUAUAUAGGAAACGAAAGAAGAAUGCAAUGCAAAACCUCAAAACAUAAUCUUUUUAUGUGAAACAAAGGAGUAUAUGUCUAAUUUCAAAGUUAUGGAAAAAAAAUCUAAUAAAAUUCUGUAGGACCCCCCCCCACCCCCCGAUAUUAUCAUUUCUCUUUUUAGCUGACAAGUGAGUAAUGAUAACCAUGCUGUCAUCUGCAGGGAAAAAAACAGAUGAAGCGAAAUUAAGCCAAAAUAAAAAUGUUGGGUCCCCAAAAUAGUUACACAACUUGAUGGGCCUAGACUGAUCCAACUCCGGUAAUUUAGGCAUAACCUUUGCUUCCUUCACCCACAGUUCUGGGAGUUGGCCGCUAAGUUAGGAAGCCUGUGGCCACGCCCCUUUUCAUUACCAGUCAGGAAAAAGGAACAUAUCAUUUUUACCCCUUGUUUAAUCCCAGAUAAAUGAGGACAAUGGAAAGCAAACCAAACUGUAGAUAAGACACUGUGGCUGGAGUUGUUUUCCCUAUAAGGUCUGACACAAGUGAUUCUCAGAGGAGUAAAAGAUCCCUUUGCAUGAAUUGUUCAAAUAAGAAUAUUAUAGCUAAUUUAUUAAUCAUAACAGCUUUGCAAGAUCUUAAACACUUGCUGACUAAAGAUGCCAUUGCCAUGGGAUCAUAGACUGAUUAGGCUUUCUGUAAGCGCCUGGAACAGAUAUUUAGAUUAGAAAGAAGGUGUAAGUAGCAUGUGACGGGUUUGUUUUCAGGUGUUCAUAUGUGUUGUAAACCACCCAAGGCAACAUUAGAGGGUUUUCAAGGUUCAGAAAAUUGUGUUUGCUAAAACUGCUUAGCUGCUUCUGAGAAGGGGAUUGUACACAGACAUUGAUUUCUUCCUUUGGGCCAACUUCAGUCUACAGGUUCAAAUAACCUUAACACUUGAUUAACUCUAAAACCACACUUCAAAAAUGACAAACAGUCCCUAUAAAUGCAGGUCUUAGUCACUCCUGGUGUAACAACACUAAGACAUGGUAUCAUAAGUGCAUUUUCUGCUGAUUUAUUAUUUUUUUUUAGCAGUGGAGGAUAAAACAGCGUGUAAUUGCAUAGUUGAUGUGAACUUGCUUUCUCCAACUUUACACCAAAUAGGUUAUUAUCAUAGUAUUAAUUUCCCAUAUGGAAAAAAAAUACAUGCAGGGUUUUUUUCUUUCAGCAGUUGGUAUUUGUAUGUAGAAAUAAUGUAUAACAUUAUAGACCAGGUUAUGGUUGUUGGUUAAACCUAUUUCUUAAAAGAGAAGUAAUCUGAAUCCUGAUUCAAUUACAUCGAUUAAUCUUUUAAUCAACCUUUUUUCUUGAUUGAGGCCUUGUAAAACAAAGCCAGUCAGAAAACAGGUGGUCUGCAGAGAUUUUUAAUACUGUUGUGCCAUUUAUUCUGCAUUAUAAUUUCAACAAAAGGUAAUAUUUUUCUAAAAGCUUCCAGCAGCCAAGUUUUUGUGCCUUGCUUGCUGUCCUCUUCAAAGAUUGGAGGUGUAUUUUAAAUCCAUGUUUUGUAUCAUAACUCACAUGCAGGAGAAUUGAUUUAAUAUGUUUGCCUUAUGCACAGACAUCAGAAUGUUCCUUGCAUAUAAAAGAAAAUUCACCUGUGAUCAGUGUGCACUUUUUUUUUUUUUUAUUGCCAGCAUGUUGCGUUAGUUUUGGUAUCACAUGAUAAGAAGCCUUACAAGAACACUGUCCUCGGAAAUGUUUGUGGCUUUCGUCAGAGCUACAGUAAAGUAACCAGUUAUAUAACCCUGAGCGGAGAACACAGUGGACAUGCUUUGUGUGGCUGGGAGGCUGUCGGCUUUGGAUGAGGUUACAUAAAACACAAAUGAUCAGGAAUCUGUGGUAACAUGAUGCAAGUCAUAAUGUUUGGAGACAGUCCCCCAGUGAGGACACAUCAUGAGAAGAGGCCUUAAUCCUGUAAAGGGGCUUCUGUUUGAAAAACAGGCAGCCUUUGAUGCCUUUAAAACUCCCUGUGGGAUUCAGUGUAAAAAAAAAAUUUAGGGUAUGCAAUCAUAGAUUAGUUGGAUGUUACAUGCCCUUGUUAGAUAAUUUCGGUUGAUUUCCUUAUGUAGUGACUGAUGUAGGUGUUUUUUAUUUACCAAGAUUGUGCAUCUCUCAGUUUUUACUUACAAAGGAAAUGAUUGUAUGUGCCUAUUUAUAAGUAUGUGAGUUGUUACUGCAACCUUUUGCUGUUCGAAUCCACGCGCAGCGACCUUCUACUUUAGGGAAAGCCUUAGUCAUAAGAUCAAUAAAGUUUCUUCUGUGCGUCAAGA